CGCCUGCGCAGUGGGCACAGCCACCGCAGCACACUGAAGAUUAGCGAAAUGGCGUCCGCGGCUGACUAUAACUCGUACGGCCAAUCUGGAGGCCAGCAGGGGUACAGCUCCUACGCCGCCCAGCCAUCUCAGAGCUACGGCCAGAGUGCUCAGCAGUCGUACGGCCAGCAGCAGGGGUACGGGUCCUACGGGCAGCCCGCAGAGUCCUCCUACACACAGUCAGGCACAUCUGCAGCCAGCUAUGCCCAGCCAUCAUACGGGUCCUCAUAUGGCCAGCAGCCCCCAGCCUCCUCUGGAUACAGUGCUGCUCCUGCUGGCCAGCAGGGUUACAGCCAAUCCGUGCAGAGCUAUGGUGGUGGGGGGUAUGACUCCGCCCCCACCGCUGCCAGCGCCGCCCCUGCCAGCCAGGCCCCUUACAGUGGGCAGGGGGGGUAUGGAGCUCAGUCAGCCUAUCAGGGGUACAGCCAGCAGCCUGCCUCCACCGCACCACCCAGCUAUGGCGGCAGCAGCCAGCCCUCCGGUUAUGAGCAGAGCUCGUACUCACAGGCGUCGCAGGCGGGGUCGUACUCACAGCCGCAGGGGGGGUACCAGGGGCAGCAGGGGGGGUACGGCCAGCAGGGCUCCUACGGCCAGCAGGGCGGCUACCAGCAGCAGCAGCCCCCCCCUCAGCAGCCCCCCCAGCAGCCUCCACAGCAGCCCACCAGCUACCCUCCCCCCCCCAGCUCCUACUCACAGCCUCCAUCCAGCCAGUACGGGCAGCAGGGCGGCACCGGCGGCAGCUACGGGCAGCAGAGCGAGUACAAAGCGCCCGCUCAGUACAGUAGUUAUCGACAGGAGCACCCCAAUGGCAUGGGCGGGUACCCCAGCCCUGACACGGGCGGUUUCGGGGGUCCCGGGGAGGGCCGUGGCAUGGGCGCGAUGGACGGGCGUGGCCGGGGCAGGGGCGGAUUCGACAGGGGCGGGAUGAUGCGCGGAGGAGGCGGAGUCAUGCGAGGGGGCGUGGUCAGAGGCGGGAUGGGCACCGCUGGAGACAGAGGUGGCUUCAUUAAGCCUGGUGGACCAGACUCAGACAUGAUGCGGCCAGAAGAGCAGGAUGACUCCGAAAACAGCACCAUCUACAUCACAGGGCUGACAGAGAACGCCACGCUGGACGAGGUGGCCGAUUUCUUCAAGCACAGCGGGAUCAUUAGGAUAAACAAGAGAACAGGCCUGCCUGCCAUCAACAUCUACACAGACAAGGAGACAGGGAAGCCCAAGGGCGAUGCCACGCUGUCGUACGAGGAGCCGCCCUCCGCCAAAGCCGCCGUGGAGUGGUUUGAUGGUAAAGACUUCCAGGGGAAGAAGCUGAAGGUGUCGAUGGCACGCAGGAAGCCCAUGAUGAUGCGGGGGGGUAUGGGCAUGCGGGACGGGCGUGGCAUGAUGCCCCGCGGAGGGAUGAUGGGACGCGGUGGUAUGGGGCGCGGUGGGGAGCGCGGCGGGUUUAUCCCGCGGGGGGGGCCCCGUGGCAUGGGCGGAAACAUGCAGCUGAGAGCGGGAGACUGGCAGUGUCCCAACGCCGGCUGUGGCAACCAGAACUUCUCCUGGAGGAUGGAGUGUAACCAGUGCAAGGCCCCCAAACCGGAGGGCUUCGGCCCACCCCCGUUCCCCCCUCCAGGUGGUGACCGUGGCAGGGGCGGUCCUGGCAUGCGUGGGGGCAGAGGAAUGGACCGCGGCGGACUGGGGGGGCCAGGCGGUCCGGGGGGCUUCCGCGGGGGGAGAGGGGGAGACCGCGGGGGCGGGUUCCGAGGAGGCCGUGGCAUGGACAGAGGAGGAUUUGGAGGGGGCAGGGGGAGGGGAGCCCCCCCAAUGGACGAUAUGGGGGCCAGGGGAGCCAGGAGAGGAAUGGGACCUCCCGGAAAGAUGAUGGAGAUGAAGGGAGACCACAGGCAGGACCGGAGAGACCGACCGUACUGAACGACCGUAAUGCGACCAGAUCACAUUCCACACAAGAUUUAUUUUUAAAACAAUAUUUUAACUUCAUAAUUCUGUAUGGAUAGACUGUUUAAUAUGGCAUUUUCUUUUCAGUAUCCAGUAAGAGUUUAGUGUUUAGUGAUUUAUUUUUUGAACCCACUCCGUGUUUGCGUUGGUUUUUAUUAGCUCGGAUUCUGGUAGAUGGAUCCUUGUGAACGCAGCAUACACACGCUGUCUUGUCUCAGUCAGCUGUAGGAGGUGUAUUGUGGAAUCUUGUGAAAAACAAGUGAAUGUUUUGUUUUAGUUUCUUUAUGUAUUUU